AUGCACCUCGCAGACGAGAUCCUGUUGCAAAUUCUCGAGCAUUUUAGCAUCUCGUUUCCAGAGUACAAGCCCAGUUGGGAAAAUGUACCUUUUCCAGAGGAGCUUGUCACUCUGGCCCGGCUGUGUCGCUCUUCCAGGCGGCUGCGAGGACUAGCCGAGCCCAUCCUGUAUCAUGCGAUCCCCUACGACUCCAAGAAUCGCAGGCUACUCUGGCGGACACUGGUUGAACGCCCGGAUCUUCGGGCGCUGGUGAAAUCUAUACACCUGGACUCGGAAUUGCCGCCGAAUGAGCUUACAUCUCUGCUUGAAGCAGCCCGCCCGAGUCUCGAUAUCUCGGAGGAUCUGGCUGAGCAGCUUUUCGCUGAUUUACGGCUCGGACAAGACAGGAAGAAUCAAGUCGAAGAAAAUGAAUCCGAAGAUGAAGAUGAAGAUGGCGAAGAAAAUGAGCAAUACUACAGAACGAGACAUGUUGAGCUUCAAUUCGCCAUGCUGCUUCUUCCCAAACUCGACCUCGUGGAACUGGCAAGUUAUUAUGAUUUGGGUCCGUUCAUGUAUGAUUUGUUCGGCAGCUUGAGGGCCGGCGCAGACACAAAGGCUGGGUGCGCACCUCACCUGGCGUCUCUGCGCGAAGUCCGCAUUCGCAACAAACUGCAGGAGGAACGCCUCGGCCUGAGACCCGCAGGCAUCCUCGCUCUGUCUCAUAUCCAAUCUCUACAAGCUCAGCAGGUUUACUGGAACUUCCAUGAUAUCGACAGAAAAUAUCCAGGAGCCUACCUCAGCGUUCGCUCAAUCGACCUGAGCGAUUCCAUUUGCAACGGUCCAGCAUUGUCCGAUAUGCUCUCGCGAUGUCCCGAAUUGCGAGAGCUCAGGAUUGAGUGGGGCCUGUCUUUCGACGAUUGGGAAGACGAGUUGGACUUUGGCAGCAUCGGGGAUGCUCUUCGGAGACAUGGCCAAAGGCUCGAGUGGCUGAAUCUGGACUGCCGAGAAGCCUAUCCUUAUGGAUACAGCGACGACGAUCUGGGAAGCAUUGGAUCCCUCCGUGCGCUGGUCAACUUGAAAAGACUCACACUGACGCACGAUAUGCUCAUUGGUAGAGACUGGGAUGAUUUCGACAUCGAUGAAGAUACUCUGCGUGCUGAAACUUUCAGGCUCAGUGAGCUCUUGCCUGUUAGCCUGGAGGAACUCCAUUUCUACUCGUGCCAGGGUGACGAAGAGCAGCUGGAUGAUCAACUGUACGACUUGAUAGCUCCUGGUGGCAAGCAUAUGGGGAGUCUGCGUAAGGUCAUUAUGGAAGGGCGAGAGACUAAUUUCGGCCGCCAGAUUUUCGAGUUUGGCUGGGUUGCUUACAAGAUAAAUGCAAACGUGGUUUUGGAGAAGGAUGGAAAAUUGAUUAUGACUUAG